GCUCCAGGACCACCAAUAUUUAUUUUUCCUUCUGAUGGUGGUAUGUCUCCAGCACAAACACCUUCAACCAUGAUGCCUACAGAUGCUAAACCGCCUCCUCCACCUUCACUCCCACCUCCACCUCCAUCAAUAUUUAUUUUUCCCCCAGAAGCUGAGCCACAUAAACCAGUAUCAUUUCCUCCUGCAGUGCCACCGGCUUCACCUCCACAUUUCCCAGCUCCACCAAUAUUUAUAUUUCCAACAGAUUCUGAUUCUUCCCAUUCUGCACAUUCUCCUCCUGCCACACCUCAACCACUUCCUCCUUCCCCUGUUCCCUCACCACCAAUAUUCAUCUUUCCUACAUCAGAGUCUGAUGCAUCUUCACAGAGACCUGUGCACUUUCCUGCACUUGAUCCCCCAAAAUCAGCUGGGCAUCCAGGUGCACAGUCACCAAUUUUUAUAUUUCCAAAUGGUGAUAAUAAUGGUAAUGGUAAUAAUGUUUACACAGGGCCAAACAAUGAACAGUAUCCAGUAAUUCCUAUUGAAUAUUUAAAGGCGCCACAAUCCCAGAGAGCAUACAAAUCUUCUCAUCAACUCUUAACUAAAAGCAGAAACAUCAGGAGACAAUAAAAGCUAUGGUAUAAGGAUAUGAAAUGAAGCUGAAAAACACAAAAACAGAGGAUUAAACACAAACAUAACUGAAAAUUUAACUUCAAAGUCUACAUCUUACCUGAAGGGGGGACCUGAGUUGCCUCGAAAGCUUGCAUAUUGUAAUCGUUUUAGUUAGCCAAUAAAAGGUGUCAUUUUGCUUGACUUCUCAUUACAUCCAUAAUGGCUAACACGGUAU